CUGGGCAGGUGAGAGGCCCGGCGAUAGCCAUUAGCUCUCUUCGGAUGAGUGCAUUUGUUUAGUGGGUCGAUUUGAUCAUUGUUGUCCUCCCUGAUGACAGAGAUGUCCAGCUAUUGGCCGAGACCAGGAGGGCACGUCAUCUCCAUCAAUCAGGGGACAGCCGCUACUCCUCUGAGGAAUGUCGUCCAGCCGCCUGACCAUGCGUGGCUGAGCUCAUGAGAGGCCGGGCAUGAACUGCUCUCCCGUCCAAUGAUUAUGCAGGGGAAAGGUGAUAAUGACUUCCUAUCAUGAGUUAACGGCCGAAAGGGAGACCAACCCUCAGCUCACUGAGUCCUGCCGAGCAAAAGAGGUCAUAAACCUGGACCUGGGAGGUGGCACUCAUCCUGAACUCUGCAGUCGGCAACAGGAACAGCUACAAGGUGAAGAAGCUGCUGAUUUUUUUCCUCCGUGUUUGACUCCGUGCACCCUUUCGGGCAGUCCUCCUCCUCUUCCUCAUCCACCGCAGUGUGAGACUCUCGGGGGCUUCUGCUCACCGGCCUCGUCCCGCGUCCCAUGGCGGUGCACCCGGGCGCACGGCUGUCCAGGACGCGCGGAUCCAAACGAGAUACAGCAAAACUGCUGUUUUGGGCCACUCGUGAAGGAAACUGCUCCUGUUUUAAAUAGCGGCUGCAAAAUUCACGGUGCCUUGGGAAGUUCUGCCGUUUCGGACUGGGAGGUAGACGCAGAGGAGGACAGAAGGAAAACUUUUGAGUGGAUGAGAGUGAAAAGGAGUCAGAACCGGGCGGCCAGCAUGCACAUGAUGACCUCUGAGUUCAGUAUUCUGGACUCGGAACUCGCUGGAAGCCGGUCCGUCUCCUCGGAUGGCCACCAGGCCGUGAACGGGACCCCCAGAACCAGCUACAACACCAAGCAGCUGACCGAGCUGGAAAAAGAGUUCCACUUCAACAAGUAUCUAACUCGGGCCAGACGCGUGGAGGUCGCCGACGCGCUCCGGCUCAGCGAGACGCAGGUGAAGGUUUGGUUUCAGAACAGACGCAUGAAGCAGAAGAAGCAGCAGCAAAGGGCCGGGCUGCUGCCGGACCAGCGGGUCGCUGCUGUGCUCCCUACCCCGGACACCCACCCCUCCGCCGGACUGGGCUACCGUGAACUGCAGCCAGCGUCCGACUGAGAUCUGCAAACGUUUGGAUUCGCGUUUGCAUCGGUCUCAAUCAGGCAUUACUUUAUUUGUUUACCACGAUGGAUGCUACUCCCGAGAUGCGCCAUGGCGCAGACGAUCUGUCAUUCUGCUUGGCUUCAAACGGAUUUGAAUAUUAAAAUCCAUGCCAUUGCGUCGCGCUGCAGUCUACACAAAUUAAACGAAGAUACAAACAUAUUCAAUUGAGCAUAAAAACCUUUGGAAGGUUAUUUGGUUAUUUUGGACGAUCCAUAUCUGGAGCUGAAUAGACAAUUAUCUCAUUUAAAUCACGCAAAUAUUUAUUGAAGAUCAACGUUUGAUAUUUAUUUUGUUUUUGACUUAAAAUGUGACUAUGUCCUUUCAGGAAGAUUAUUAAAUAUCAUAUACAUCUGCUAAAACAAAAUUAAAUAGUGUUUUUCUGGCUUUUUCAGAUGCACCUGCAGUUACUUAUCUGGAAAAACAAAUCAGUUACUUUGGCUUCUUUUGCUUUCUAUUAGCUGUUUUUAUAGUUUGUUACUUUUAAUUAUCCAAAGAUUCACCAAAGAACUAAAACGUCACAACUGAAGGGAAUAUUCAUUGAUCAUGAGCAUCAGAUGAUCGAUCUGUCUAUUUGAGGCACUUGCACGCAUCUGCAUGUUAAUGAGAUGCAGAAAAGCCACGAUCCGGAGUUGUUCUUCUGUUUUUAUUACCUCAUCAGAAAAUUAUAUAAAAAAGAUAAUUCGGCCCGAAUAUCCAUGAGACUGAACAGACAAUAAAAAAUUGUCAGAUCAGAUUCACUGCUUGGACCAGCAGCAGCAAUUCUCCUAAAUUAUAUAAACGGUUCUUAAACAAAAAUGCAUUUGAUGUAUUUUAAAAUCUUAAGACAUGAUCCUUCAUCCACAGGAAUUCUCUUCAAGGAUGCAUUUCUGGAUCUCUUUUUUAAAUUAUCUUCUUUCAAUUAAAUAUUAUUUCCCCUAAGUUCUAAAUAACCCACAACAGACCCAUCAAAGUUAAUUAGAAAUAAACAAAGAUCGAUUAAAAUAGAAUGAAUAAUGUAAUUUUUUAACGUUUUAGGUGUUUUAAUUUAAAUAAAUGAGUUAAUGGACAGCCUUGCCUCUGCAGGGCUUGAGAGUGGACAAGGCCAAGCUAAUAUAUGCAGCUACACCAGAGUUCAACUCUCACCUCCUGACCCUUGUCUUGCCUCAGGACAACAGUGACCCGGUCAGUGGCUCCACAGAGAAAGAUGCUCCAUUAAUUCAGCUGACCACCAAGUCUGAGAUUUUUCUUUCAUUCUUUUUCUUUUUUUCUCUCAGCUCUUUUGUUCUGCUAUGUUGCUUUCUGUGUCUGCUCUGCAAUAUUUCAUCCAGCUGAAUAGCAGAACGACCAGGCCAAAUGAUAAUUUUUCAUAUUUUCCAGACCAGUUCAGAUAAAGGUUGUUGUUUUUUAUUUUUGUCUGGGCUAAACUCUUUUAUUUUUUUGUUGUUAUUGUUGUUUUAAAAGCAAAAAACACAAAUUCACUCACAAACUGGACGCAUAAGAAGGUUUUAAACUAUUUUUUAAAUUCAACGAAAAGAUAAAAUACAAUUGCACGAGUCACAGAUCACAACGUUUGCAACUCUUCAUUAAAAACUCUCUUUUCCUCAUAUAGUUUUGGAAAAAGCACAACAGUUCUUACAUUUUUUAUAUCGUUAGAACAAAACAAAAGUCCUGACCUGAAGAGGAGCAGACAGGAAGAUAAGCUAUUUGUUUAUUUCAGUAAUUGAUUGAAAAACCAUGCAAGGACUUGAGCGUUCCACUCAAUUUCUACCAAGUUUGCAUGUAAGAAAAACACACACCAUUAAGACUGACUUCUCUAAACAAAACAGGACUAAGUGGAAUGUUUAACAAAACUGGUUAAAAUGUCCAUCUUUUCCAUCCUGAAGGUCACAGAAGCAUCAACGACGACAGUGACGCUAAGCUAAUAUUACUCUAAUGCUUGUAAUUAUAGAAUUAGUUCCUCCUUUCCUGCUCAGGAGGAUGUUGGAGUGACCUUAUUAGAAACCUCUUCAUCAUCUGGGGUAGAUGUUUCUUUGCCACGGGGCUCUUAUGAUGCACACAUGGAGGAUGGUCAGUACACGCCUAGGCGAGAACAUACAUGAGAGUAUGAAGUUAUCGUGAUUUAUAAGGCUGAGGUAAGAGGAAGAGGAGGAGGACAAGGAGAGGAUUUAUUUUUUAGGUGAACUAUCCCUUUAAUUUCACUCUGUGGCCACUUCAGCAUUUGGGAUUCAAUGGAGGAGAGCAAAACUUCAUUGUUUAUUUAAGAUCUGACAUUUAGUUCGAAAGCAUUUAAGUGUAAGACGGACGGCUGUCAGACACACACACACACACACACACACACACACACACACACACACACACACACACACACACACACAA